GCCCGGUCCGAAGUCUGGCAGUCCGUGACAGAGCCGGGCGCCCACGGCCCGAGCGCCCCCGGCAGCACCAUGCCCGCGCUCCUGGAGCGCCCCAAGCUUUCCAACGCCAUGGCCCGGGCGUUGCACCGGCACAUCAUGAUGGAGCGGGAGCGCAAGCGGCAGGAGGAAGAAGAGGUGGACAAGAUGAUGGAACAGAAGAUGAAGGAAGAGCAGGAAAGGAGGAAGAAAAAGGAGAUGGAGGAGAGAAUGUCACUAGAGGAGACCAAGGAACAAAUCCUGAAGCUGCAGGAGAAGCUAUUGGCCCUGCAGGAAGAGAAGCACCAGCUCUUCCUGCAGCUCAAGAAAGUUUUACACGAGGAAGAGAAACGGAGGCGAAAGGAGCAGAGCGACCUGACCACUCUGACCUCAGCCGCGUACCCGCAGAGCCUGACGGUGCAUACGGGCACUCACCUCCUCAGCAUGCAGGGGAGCCCUGGAGGACACAGUCGCCCGGGCACCCUCAUGGCGGCCGACAGGGCCAAACAGAUGUUCGGACCCCAAGUGCUUACAACGCGGCACUACGUGGGCUCGGCGGCUGCUUUCGCGGGGACCCCGGAGCACGGUCAAUUCCAAGGCAGCCCUGGCGGUGCCUACGGGACCGCCCAGCCCCCACCCCACUACGGACCCACGCAGCCGGCCUAUAGCCCCAGCCAGCAGCUCAGAGCGCCUUCGGCGUUCCCGGCAGUGCAGUACCUGUCGCAGCCGCAGCCCCAGCCCUACGCCGUGCACGGCCACUUCCAGCCCGCCCAGACAGGCUUCCUCCAGCCUGGCGGUGCCCUGUCCUUACAGAAGCAGAUGGAACACGCCAACCAGCAGACCGGUUUCUCGGACUCCUCUUCCCUGCGCCCCAUGCAUCCCCAAGCUCUGCAUCCAGCCCCUGGACUCCUUGCCUCUCCCCAGCUCCCUGUGCAGAUGCAGCCGGCAGGAAAGUCGGGCUUUGCAGCUACCAGCCAGCCUGGCCCUCGGCUCCCCUUCAUCCAGCACGGCCAGAACCCACGAUUCUACCACAAGUGAUCGUCAGGUUUUAUCUUCAAGCUCACCCCCAGCCCCUGCCACGGGUGAGGGCCCCUGGUGCGUCCCAGUCCAAUAAAAGCCACCCGCCACCGCCCCUGGCUGCUGUCUGUGUUGCCUCCCUCCCUGGCUGUAUGGAGGGUACGGGGUGGCGGGCAGCUCCCAGGAGGACAACGGGUGGGUAACGAACUCAGUGGCAGAGUUCAGUGUCUGUGGUUUCUAACUUUACGUUCUAGUCUUACCCAUUUAAUUCAAAGAAGCAACUGAGUUGGGGCCUUCAUAGUAAACUUGUAGUUUUAUUCAGGUUUGAUUUUAAACAAAUGUGUCGGGGAAAGAGCCCACAGGAAAAGGUGAAGCCCAUGGGGGCAGGGCCCUCUCAGAUGCCUGAGGAGGGGGCAGGUCCCCUCCCCUCUCCUCCUCUUCCCUCCCCAGCUAAAGGCAUUUGGGGAGAGACACAGGCAGGGGAGGGGGCUGGUCCCCAGUCUGUGGGGUGGUGCUUGGGGUCAAGGGCCAUGGGAAAACAAGGGACCAGAGCAGGGAUGAGUGGGGUGAGGGCAAAAGGACCAUUUGCCAGAAUCCACAGCUUUCUGAAUCCAGAUUGAAUUAAAAAAAAAAAAAA